AACAAAUGGACAGAUAACAUCGAAUUGAGCAUUAUUGGACAAUUUAGAGUCUUUAAAAUUCAGUGCUCUCCCUCUAGUUUAGCCUACUGCAUUGGAACAUGCACUCUUGAAUUCAGGUAGAUGUGAUUAAUAACUUUAUUGUGGUAAAUAUUCAUUAUAGCAUGGUAAAGCAGAAUUUUAUUCUUCUCAAUCGUUUGGAAUAGUGUGCCACAAAACUUAAUUCCUCAUAUAAUAAAUCAUUUCCGAAAUACUAUGAUUUUAUCCUAUGAAUGAUGCGAAAGGAAUGUAAACUGGUUCCUGUUUGAAAUUUUAAGUGCAAUGUGUUGAAAAUACAAGUUAUCAUGUCAAUGAAAUAUUCGAAACUGCAUUACUCGUCAUCAGGAGAAGAUGAAUCCUUGUAUGCAUCAAACAUUGUUCGUUAUGGAUCAACCGUCUUCACGCUUAGUGAAAAGAAGAAUCCUCGUAAAGUACAAACCACCAAACCCAGUCUUCGAAGAUUGUUUCAGUGUGCAACAAAAUUCGACAUUCUUUUACUUUCAAUAGGACUGCUGUUUUCUGUUCUUAAUGGCUCAGGAAUCCCAGUUCUAGCAUUUGUUUUUGGGCAGAUGACCAACACGUUCAUUUGGCAGGAGACAAAUGGGCUACAAAAUCUCCGAGUAUUGUUCAAUACAACAAAACAUAAUCCUUUUAAUGUGGCCUUAUUGAGGAUGGAUACAACAUCUGGAACAUCGAGCGAUAGUCCAACAACUAAUUUGUUUUCAUCUGACGAAUUUCUUCAAUCUAUGAACAAGUAUUCAUUGUAUUAUUUCUACAUUGGAGUGGUUGUAUUGUUCUCCUCGUUUAUACAGACUGCCUGCUGGGAAUAUUCAGCUGAACGCCAGGUUCAGCGGUUGCACAGAAUUUUCUUCAGUCAAAUACUUAGACAGGAUAUUUCUUGGUAUGAAACAAACAAUGAGGGAGAUCUGACCAGCAAACUUUCUGAUGAUUUGGAGAGGAUACGAGAAGGCAUUGGAAGCAAGUUCAGCAUGAUUGUGCAGACGCUUGCCACAUUUGUGUCUGGCUUGGGAAUUGGGUUGUAUGUGAACUGGAAACUGACAACUGCGAUCAUUUCCAUAGGACCAAUUCUGAUUGGCUUGGGAGGAUACAUGGCUAAGCAAGCGUCCAAUGCGGCAGCUAGAGAACAAAUGAAGUAUGCAAAGGCUGGAGGAAUUGCUGAGCAGACUCUGAAUGCAAUUCGAACCGUGACUGCAUUCGGUGGAGAGGGCAUCGAAGUCGAGAGAUACAUCAAAGCGUUGGAAGAGGGCAGACAGGAGGCAAUGUCCAAGUACCUGAAGUUCUCGAUUGGUGUCGCUCUCAUCUUCCUCUUGACAAACUCCUCUUAUGGCCUGGCUUUCUGGUAUGGAACAGAACUUGUUUGCGACGGCUACUCGUCUCCAGGAAGUGUUUUUACAGUAUUUUUCAGUGUACUGAGCGGCGCAUUUGCCAUCGGGAACAGUGUUCCCUACCUGAACGCCAUCAGCACAGCAAUAGGCUCGGCAACCACCAUUUUCACCAUCAUUGAGAGAGUGCCACAAAUCGAUCCUUACAAUAAGGAUGGCUUCAGACCGACCACUGUACACGGACACAUUCAGUUCAAAAAAGUUGAAUUCUCCUACCCUUCCAGACCAGAUGUUAAGGUUUUGAAGAAACUGCACCUUGAUAUCCCGCCGGGUAAGACAAUCGCCCUAGUCGGGCCUAGUGGCAGCGGAAAAAGCACUAUUCUCAAUCUCCUCAUGCGAUUCUAUGAUCCAGACAGUGGAUACGUGCUACUAGAUGGCAUUCCACUGCAUCAGCUAAACUUGGCGUGGCUUCGCAAGCAGAUCGGAGUGGUGGCGCAAGAGCCGGUGCUGUUUGGCGAUUCGAUCGAGGAGAACAUUCGCUACGGCUGCGAGGACGAAGUCACUCAUGAGGAUGUUGUCAAUGCCGCCAUACUUGCUAACGCCCACACCUUCAUCACUAAUCUGCCCAAAGGGUACGCGACAUUGGUAGGCAGUCGAGGCGCGCAGCUGAGCGGCGGACAGAAGCAGCGCAUCGCGAUCGCGCGAGCGAUUGUGUCGAAUCCGCGCAUCCUGUUCCUGGACGAGGCCACCUCGGCGCUGGACGCUCGCAGCGAGGGAGUUGUGCAGGAGGCGCUCGACCACGCCAGCCAUGGCCGCACUACCGUUGUUGUAGCCCAUCGUCUCUCCACCAUCCGGAACGCCGAUCUCAUCUAUGUGUUCAAGGAUGGUAAGAUUCAUGAACAUGGAAAUCACGAAGAGCUGAUGGAGAAGAAAGGUCUAUACCACGGCCUAGUGACAGCCCAGAUACAGAUUCCGAAUGAAAAAGAACUUGGAUAUCCACUUCCUGAAACGAAUGACAAAAUGUCUCCGAAAAUGGUGUCCAGACGCAGCCAUCAGUCAUUGAAUAAGAUGUUCGAGGAUUUGACGAGUGAGAAGGACGAAAACGAGGCGGAUCAGGAGAUUGAGAACGAGAACUUCUGCACUUUCAGUUUUGUUGUGUUUCGUCUGUUGAAGCUGAACCUUCCCGAGUGGAAGUGGCUGCUGGCUGGCAUCACUGGCUGCUGCCUCAAUGGCUCUCUCAUGCCGAUAUUCGCCUUCUUCUUUGGAGAGGUGUUUUCCACGUUCACACUGGGCAUUGAUCAGCUGCGCGCCUCGGCGCACUUUUGGAGUAUCAUGUUCGUUGCACUCGGCGUCGCUUCUUUCUUUGGCUACUUCACUCAGAUUUAUAGCAUGACCAGUGCAGGCGAACACCUACUGGCCCGAGUAAGGACAAAAGCAUUCUCGAACAUUGUUCGCCAGCCCAUAAGCUGGUUCGAUGCCCCUGAUUCUGCUCCUGGCAAGCUCAUCACUCGCCUCGCAAGAGAUGCACCCUUCGUCAAAGAUGCAGCAGGUUUGAGGAUCGGUUACCUGCUGUCGGCCAGUGUAACUCUGCUGUCUGCGAUGGUGAUUGCCCUGUUCUACGGUUGGAAGUUGGCUUCGGUGAUUGCAAUCGGCCUGCCGCUGAUUGUGCUCGCAUCGUACAAGCAACAGAUGACCAUACGUAAAAAGGUGCUCAGAGACUUGAAGCUCAUGGAUAAUGCAGGAAAGAUUGCUUCAGAAUGCGUUAGCAACAUACGAACAGUUCAAGCACUUGGCCAGGAGAGUCUAUUCGUUCGAAUCUACAUAAGAAAUUUGGAAACUGCAUUCAGAGACGCCAGACAUCAAGUAUUCGUGUUUGCUUCAGUGAUCUCGUUCUCUCAAGCCAUGAUGUUCUUCAUGUACGCAGUUGCUUUCCAUUUUGGCGCACACCUUAUUCAAACGGGAGAAAUGCGCUCCGCUGAUGUUUACAGAGUGUUCUUCGCUCUGGCGUUUAGUGCCACUGGCAUAGGCACUGCAUCCGCCUACCUUCGUGACUAUGUCAAAGCCAAAGAGGGUGCUGAGUCCAUGUUUCAACUGAUGGAGAGAAAAUCCGAGGUGGACACUUCAUCACCUGAUGGAUUGGAACCAGUGUUGACCGGUAGAGUAGCUUUCAAGAACGUACACUUCCGGUAUCCGUCUCGACCCGACACGAAGGUGCUGAGUGGCCUCACCUUCAGUGUGGAACCGGGCCAAACCCUGGCUCUGGUUGGCGAAUCUGGCUGUGGCAAAAGCACUGUCAUAUCGCUCUUGGAACGCUUCUAUGAACCUCACUUCGGAUCAAUUACCAUCGACGGAAUUGACUUGAAAGACAUGAACGUAGCGCAUUUGCGGGCAAAUAUUGGAUUAGUGACCCAGGAACCGACCCUGUUCAACUGUUCAAUAAGCGAGAAUAUUGCCUACGGCACAGCCAAAAAAGGAGUCGCCUUUGAUAUGGAGAGAAUCAUUCGUGCAGCCAGGCUUGCCAAUAUACACGAUUUCAUAGUAUCUCUACCUCAGGGCUAUGACACAGAAGUAGGUGAUAGAGGCAGUCAGCUGUCGGGAGGCCAGAAGCAGAGAAUCGCCAUUGCCAGAGCAUUCAUACGCAACCCAAAAAUUUUGCUACUUGACGAAGCCACUUCUGCUCUCGACACAGAAAGCGAAAAAGUGGUCGAAGAGGCUCUGGAGAGAGCUAGGGUGGGUCGCACAUCGAUAGUAGUGGCUCACCGCCUAUCCACCAUCCGGAAUGCCGACCUGAUUGCAGUGAUGCACGGAGGUGUCAUAGUCGAACAGGGCACGCAUCACUCACUCACACAAAAGAAGAACGGACACUACUACCGCUUGGUACAGAGGCAGAAUAUACUCAAUUAAACAUAAGUCUUACCAUUAUGAUUGAUUUUUAUAAUAUGAAAACCAAUAUGAAUACGAAUAUUGUUUAAGAAUACUCAAUUGAACAUAGUCUUACCAUUAUGAUUGAUUUUUAUAAUAUGAAAACCACGUUUGUUGCGCAUUGUUACAAUAAGAAAUAAACAACAGUUACAUUUUA